AUUAUUGCCAUGUUGAAAAAUUCAAGGGAAGAUCAUUGUUGUUCACAUGAUCAAAAUAGAUUUUUUCUCCAAAUUUGUGUAAAAAGAGUAAUUCUAAAAAUAUAUGUCGAAAGAUCCAUGUAAAAAAUUCGCCUGUGGUAUCCAGAAAUGCCUUGUUGAACAAGGAUACCAAGAGGCCCGCUGCGCGUCCGUAUUCGAAGCUAUGCGCCAGUGCUGCAUCCGCCACAAGCCGCGCUCGCUCGUCUGUGAGGGGUAUAGUCUGGAGCCGCGAGUCUUCGCGCCGGUCACUGACAGGCCUGACAAGGAAUAAUGGACCCUCGUGAUCCGCGCCGCAGUAAAACUCUAGGUCAACGCAGCUGGAUCUACCGCUACCCGAAGACUUUCCAACUCACAUUCACCACCCUCGGAGUGGCCAUAUUCUUCUCCAAACCCAUCUACGACAUCUUCAUCGCGCCCCGAGAGGAAAUCGACUUCAGCGAACCCCCUACCACCUUUAUCUACAACCAGAAAACCGUUGAGAACUAAAUAAUGGAAGCUGUCAAAAAAGCCAAAGAAAGAUUCGCGAAGUAUCCUGUGGUUUUCGCCAAGUGUUCCAAACAAGCCACCUUGUAUGCCCGGUGUGUUUUGCUAAACGAGGACGUUAAGAAAUCCGAGUGUGAAAAGGAAUUUGUAGAGUUUAAAUCGUGUCUGCAAUCCGCUGCUAAAGGACUUAAAACUCGUCUUUAA